AUGGCCGGGGUAGAUUUCUCCAAGAUCUACUCCGCUACAUACAGUAGUGUCCCGGUGUAUGAGUUCAAAAUUGAAGGUGAUAGUGUUAUGCGAAGGCGGGCCGAUGAUUGGAUCAAUGCUACGCAUAUUCUCAAAGUCGCUGGAUUCGAUAAGCCAGCAAGGACACGCAUUCUUGAGCGCGAGGUCCAGAAGGGGGUCCAUGAGAAGGUGCAGGGUGGCUACGGGAAGUAUCAAGGGACAUGGAUACCUCUUCCCGAAGGCCGUUUGCUUGCUGAGCGCAACAACAUCAUCGACAAGCUCCGUCCAAUCUUCGACUACGUUGCCGGCGAUCGUAGUCCUCCACCUGCCCCUAAACAUACAUCCGCCGCCUCCAAACCGCGAGUGUCGAAAGCUGCAGCCAAUCGAAGGGUUGCAAAUGAAGAAGUUUUCAGUGCCGUCAAACCCCAUCGUCCGAUGGGCCCGCCGAGUUUCACACAUGAGCAAUAUGAGAUGCACUCGGGCUUUGACGAAGACGAGUCGAUUGAGCAAGCCACGCUAGAAUCUUCGUCCAUGGUGGCCGAUGAAGACAUGAUGACAAUGUCUCAGAGCGGUGCAUAUUCGCGAAAGCGGAAGCGUGGGAACGACGUUCCGACAAUGUCAAUUGGCGAGCAGGAACACAUUCUUUACGGAGAUCAGCUAUUGGACUACUUCAUGACGGUAGGCGAUGCACCGGAAGCAACGCGUGUACCACCUCCAGAACCACCGGUCAACUUUCAAGUGGACCGACCGAUCGACGAUUCGGGAAACACAGCUCUCCACUGGGCCUGUGCUAUGGGUGAUUUGGAGAUUGUCAGGGAUCUGUUGCGCCGCGGAGCAGAUGUGAAAGCUUUGUCGGUACACGAAGAAACGCCGCUCGUGCGUGCUGUUCUAUUCACCAACAAUUACGAGAAGAGGACAUUUCCAGCCCUGCUGGAACUACUCCUCGAUACGGUUUCCUUCCGCGACUGGUUUGGUGCUACCCUAUUUCACCAUAUUGCGGAGACUACAAGGAGCAAAGGGAAGUGGAAGAGCUCCAGAUAUUACUGCGAGGUUCUUCUGGAGAAAUUACGAGCGACCUGCUCUGCAGAAGAGAUCGACUUGUUGCUGUCUUGUCAAGACUCAAACGGGGACACGGCUGCAUUAGUUGCUGCUCGAAACGGUGCGUUUCGCUUGGUAGAUAUACUUCUUACGCACUGCUCCCGAGCCGGAGACCUAGUGAAUAAGAAAGGAGAAACGGCAAUCAGCAUUACGCAACGGGCCCAUCCUUCUGAGCGAGAUGUACCGCCGCCGCCCUCAUCCGUUACUAUGGGCAAUGACCAUAUUGAUGGCGAGGUAAACACUUCGACGAACCCCGAUAAUCAAUCCGUGGCUAUUACCCCAGACACUUCUUCGGUCACCGCGACGCUGCUCUCUAAGAUCGGUGUGAUCAUAGCUGAAGCAAAUAAGAAACUGGCUGUCAGCUACGGCAGCUCAAAGCCAGGCCAGCAAGGCUCAGAUGAUAUUGCAAAUCCCGAGGCACUGUACGACCAACUCGAGUUGGACCGACAAAAGAUCAAACAACAAACUGCCGCUUUAUCCGCGAAGGAGGCAGAAGAAGAGCCUGUUGAUACACAACUUGCCCGUUAUGAACAGCUGAGGGCAAGUUACGAGUCAUUGCUAGAGCACAUCCAGCAGGCAAGACUGAAAGAACGGGUUGCGUCUAUGCCCAUACCUACGAAGGAGCAAGCGGAAUCCUCCAAGGACACGAGUCAACUAACGACCGUGUUCCAACUGGCUCAGAAGUUGUGUGCUGCACAGAAAGCUCGGCGUGCUGCAGUUAAGGAGCUUGCACAACAGACUGCAGACGCUGGCGUAAGCACCAAGUUUGACGUUCAUCGGAAGCUCGUUGCUCUUGCCACCGGUCUGAAAGAGGAAGAACUUGACCCUAUGGCUGCUGAACUGGCAGAGGCUUUGGAAUUUGACCGAAUGAAUGGAAAAGGCAAUGGGGCUGAGUCACCAGAUCUGGAGCACAAGGACUCCGCCUCUUUUCCAUUUCCCGAGCCCACAAUAUCGGUGGAUGCAUAG